AUGAUAAAGCUACUGAAGAUCAUUUCUCUUACUGUGGCUGCUGUGGCUGUGUUUGGGUUAACGUUGUGUAGCAAGACUUCUUUCCUCCUCCUCAUCACCUUGGCCAAUGAAGGCACAAAGACCCUCCCUGUAGAGCAGAAACCCAUCGCUCUGCUGUGUAUCGGCUGCUCUCUUGUCGCCUCCAGCGUCAUCCUCUUGCAUAAGAGCAUCUGGAAGGCGUGUUACAAAUCAUCAAAGUUGCCGGCCAGAAAAACAGUAGCUGUGGUUCUGUUCUUCGAGUUUGUGGUGUCUGGAGGUGCAGCAAUUCUCACCAUCGUGGCGAUGCCGCACUUGGACAUUGUGACCAAUGUGACGAUCCUGAACGGUGUAGCUGUCCUCUCUGCGCUCCUACAGGUGGUCGCUCAGUGUACUGCCAAGGAAAGGAACCGCUUCCUGCUUCCCUCCAUCGCUGCCUUCAUCCUCAUCUUGAUCGGUUAUGUCCUGUUCCUCACUUUAUACAUCAUGAAAGAUCCUACUGAUAUCAAGAUGAUCAUUUGGGUGGGUCUGGCUGUUGGGGGGGCCUUCUUGGUGUCUUUCAACUGGUGGGAGAACUACUUCAGAUUGAUUGGCAAGAACAGCAGCUCCGUCUUCCUCAAGAACCUCUCCGAAGACAUGAGGAGAGCCCAGAACAUCCUGCACAUCCUCUCCAGCCUGCUCAGGAUUGUGGUGACCGGUUGCGUGCUGGGAGCCUACGUCCCUCUGUACAAAAUGGACUGGGAGGUGGUGAAAUCCAUCCCGAGCCGUGAGACAAGGAUUAUAGCCAUCACCGUUGGGGUCCAGCUGAUCUCUUCAGCUCUCUGCCACUGGUUCGCUGUUGCAGCCUGCAAGAUGCACGCCCUGCGACGAUGCUUCAUCCUGCCUCUCUACCUGGCCUCUCUGGCUGUUAUGGCUCUGCUCAUCAUCCCUGUCAUUGUUUACUAUCAGGAAUACAGAAUAAGCCUGAAUGGGACUGAAAGCAUCAACUUCACAAGCUACUGCAAUGUGGUUGUUGAUGGAAGAAACCAAGACCUGAACGGCAGCGUGUUCUCAGAACUGGUUUUGGAUGUUACACACACUCUGUGCUUCCUGGACAUGUCUAAAAUAACCGACAUUGGCAUGCUGACAGGUUCAGCCGUGUGCUGGUGGCUCGGUCUCAUCUUGGCCACAGCUCACCUCUGGUACCUCAGUCUGUAUCGCAUCCAGAGGACCCAGGACCUGUUUGUCAGGAGGCUGUACGAGGGAGCCUUUAUCGAGCAGUCCCUGCUUCUGAACACUCGGUUCGACAUCCAGACGGCCAACAAACGCAAGAAACUCAGACUACUUGACCCUGUGAAAGUGUUCCUUUGUGCGACAAUGUGGCACGAGACCUACGACGAGAUGAUGAAGAUAAUCAUUUCAAUAUUUCGACUGGACAAGUACAGGCCGAAGACGGAAGGACAAAGCAGUGAUGUGACUUUUGAAAGCCACAUCUACUUUGACGAUGCCUUCAGAAAUGUCCCCGGGAGUCAAGGGCGACACGUCAACGAAUAUGCAGAGAUGCUUGUGGAAAUUAUCAGAGAGGUUUACAGUAUCUUCGUGAACCUCGAUAAAGGCCUCUUCAGUAAUCAGCAGCAGAUCCCUGAUCAGAAGCUCAUCAGGACACCAUACGGAGGACGUGUGGUGGUCACCAUGCCUCAUGGGAACAGUCUGGUGGUUCACUUCAAGGACAAACAACUCAUCCGCCACAAGAAGAGGUGGUCUCAGGUCAUGUACUUGUACUACCUCUUGGGCUGGAAAAGAGUUUCAGGUGAGGAUGAGAUAAAACAACACAUGAACCAGUGCAAAUACAUAGAGAUAUUUCUAUAUGUGAAGUACCUGUGCAUGGUUCUGCAGAAAGAGAAGCACAACACCUACCUCCUGGCUUUAGACGGGGAUACAGACUUCCAGCCGGCUGCCGUGAUGCUGCUCAUCGAUCGGCUGAAACUGUACCCACUUGUCGGGGCGGCGUGUGGCCGCAUUCACCCAACUGGAUCAGGUCCCAUGGUUUGGUACCAGAAGUUCGAAUACGCUGUGGGUCACUGGCUUCACAAAACAGCGGAGCACGUGUUCGGCUGCGUGUUGUGCAGCCCCGGCUGCUUCAGUCUGUUCAGAGCAGCGGCGCUGAUGGACGACAACGUGAUGAGGAAAUACACCAUCAAGGCCUCCAAGGCUCAGCACUACAUCCAGUACGACCAAGGUGAGGAUCGUUGGCUCUGCACUCUGCUGCUGAAGCAGGGGUGGAGGGUGGAGUACAACGCAGCGGCUGACGCUUACACCAACGCCCCAGAGGAGUUUAAGGAGUUUUACAAUCAGCGGCGCCGAUGGGGACCGUCCACCAUGGCAAACAUUGUGGACUUGCUGGGCUCCGGCACCCUGGUUACCCACAGGAACCCGUCCAUGUCCAGACCCUACAUGCUGUACCAGCUGUUCAGCUUGGCCUCGUCCAUCCUGUCUCCUUCCACUGUCGUCCUCAUGAUUGCAGGUAGUUUCACUGUGCUGCUUGACAUCCAUCCCAACGGUGCUCUGGUCAUGGCCGUGAUACCUCCCGCCAUCUUGCUCGGCAUCAGCUUCAAGAUCAAGUCAGACACUCAGCUCCUCAUUGCGGCGAUCAUGAGCGUCCUGUACGCCUUCCUCAUGAUGAUAACAACGCUUGUCAUAUUAGGCAACAUUGUGAAGGAAAAAACCAUCCUGACUCCCAGCAGCAUCUUCAUCAUUGUCGUCGCCGCCUUUUACCUCAUCACUGCACUGAUGCAUCCUCAGGAGGUCGGGCUGGUCAUCUACGGCUUGAUUUACAUCAUCAGCAUCCCCAGCGCCUACCUGCUGCUGGCUAUUUAUUCCAUGGUCAACAUGAACAACGUGUCCUGGGGCACCAGGGAGACGGCGCCCGCUUCCGGGGCCGUCAAACCUGAAGCCACUCCCCCACAGACUAAAGCCCAGCAAGCUAAAAGCAUGUACAUGCACUUCUUCUCCUGGGCUAAAUGCUGUAAAAAACUCAGCCGGAGUGGCAGCGCAGAGGAGGUCAUCGUCAGCCAGGAGCACCUGACCGCGGAGGCUGCAGAGCCUGAAGCUCUGCCUCAAAACACAAUAGUGGAGACUGAGAGGAGGCCGGAGGAAGAGCAGAGACGAGCGGAGCCUGCUUUCAAAUGCCCCAACCAGUGUUGGGUCACGCAGCUGCAGAGUCGGUCUGAUGACAUGCACCUGAAGGAGGAUACACUGGACCAGGAUGAGGAGCACUUCUUCAGACAGCUGACAGUAAAAUACCUGGAGCCUCUACCUGAGGACAAACAGAAACAGAGGGAAAUGGCUGAAAAACUCAAGGUUCUGAGAAACAAGAUAACGUUUGUCUACUUCAUCUUCAACAUGUUCUGGCUCGUAACGACCUUCACCCUCCAGCUCUCGUCGACGUUUAUCUCCAUCAGGGUGCCGAAGGUCGACAACAACCUGCAGUUCACAGGGGAGUUCUUGUACAUCGAGCCGCUGGGCUUCAUGUUCAUCCUGGCCUUCGCCCUCCUGGUUUUCAUCCAGUUCUUAGCCAUGCUGUACCACAGGUAG